AUGAAAAAUAACAAUGCAAUUGAAACACUUUCUGAUGAAGUUAAGGCUUUUUAUAGCUUCAAAUGUUGUAAAAAGGUCUCAGAUGGAUCCAAAAGUUGCUUGGAGAAGGAAAAUGGAUUAUUGGAUUGGAGUGUCAUCAAUGCCUGGAUGAGAUUUGAUGGUCUCAAUGAACAAGAAAUCGAUGAAAUUUUGAACAAUUAUGAGAAAUGUCGCGAAAGACUCCCUGGAUUUUAUGAAAUUUUGAAUGAAAUUCAUCAAUUAGAGAGAAUUAACGAAGAUUUUAUAUUAAAAUAUGGCAGUUGGACCUUCAGAAUUGACGAUAUCAGUGCCUUAUUGAAGGAAAAAUCAAAUAAUUUUGUCAUUCUUGAACAAAUUUUGACCCUGACAUCUAUUUUGGAGUUCAGUUUAGGGAAUAUAUUUUACACAAAAAAUCACGCCAAUCCGCCACAUUUAUUCAAGGAUUUGUUAAAAAGUGACACAAUUCGGGACAUUUUUAAAGAAGCAAUUCCAUUCGUAAGAUACGUUCUCGGCACUCCAAGGUCCUUAAAUCUUCGAAAUAUCGCAUGGCAUGGAUUUUUAACGGUCGAUUAUUGCUCAGAUGUGUUUUCGAAGCUCUUGUUGCUGAUAAUUCUCUCUUUAGGACGUGAUUUGGGAGACUUCCAAAUACUAAAAAGGACAUUUUCCGUAUCUUCCAUUGAAAAAUUUUCACUUUUAAAGCAAAAUUUUGACUUUCGAUCGUCUUUUGAGGCAGAAAAUGAUGAAUUUAACAAAAAUAUUCAACAAUUAAUGACCAAAAAUUGUCAUGGAAGAGCUUUGCAAUUACUUUUAAUACAAAUUGAAGCUCAUGUGAGACAAUUAUUCGCUAAAACAAACCCAAAUUUUAAUCCUCGAGCGAAAAUCGACGGAUAUUACUUCACUUUAGACAUGAUUUUGGACCAAAAUGUGUGUGUAGGCAACGAAUUUUUCGAUGAAACUCACAAAAAAUGCGUCACAGAGCUCUUAACGGACCAAAAUCUGUCUUUAUUCUACGAUUGCUUUGUUUCUCUCAAAGGACCUCGCAUCAGAGAUCGCAUGAGUCACGGAGAACUACGAUUUUCUGAUGUCACGAAGGAUGUCGUUGACGUAAUUUAUCAUUUGUAUCAUGAACUUACCUCGAAAAGUGCUAUUAAAAGUGUUUAUAACUCAUUUUUUCAUCCAAUUUCUGAACUAAAACGAAAAAUUAAGGAGUUAGAGACCCAAUUAAAGGCUGUGAAUGACUUGAACAUCCCAGAGGAGCUUCCAAAAAGUCAUUUUGAACAAGAAAUUAACUUUUUUGAGACAAAAAUCAACCCAUGUGAUGCAUUAAGAGACCCUGAAUUCACUAAAAUUUCAAAAUUUGUGAGGAUUUUGGUACAAAUUAUCGAAAAUUGUAUCGAAAGUGUUAAAAAUUAUCAUGAAGCAAUCAAAAUUCGGACUGAAGAAUACAAAAAUCGAAGUUUGAGUCAACCGAGGAGGAAAAAUUUAACAAAAAUGGUUGAGAUUCGAGCUCAAAUCGUUCAAGGAAUAAUUUUUACUGAAGAAAUUGUUUAUAAUUUUAGUGAAAAUGUGGAAAAAAUCAAAUUUUUAAGUAAAAAUAAUCCGAAAGAAAUUAAAAUUUUGCUGAAAAUAGUUGAAAAUUUAAAAGUUCAACUCUCAAUCGAGCGAAAUGAUUGGAAAAAAGCUCUCGAAGGCCUCGAAAAACUGAAUUUUCUUGCCGAAAAAUGCAAAAAAUAAACUUUGAUAGAUGAAAUUAUCAGUAU